AUGCCUAAAUCAAGCCAAAAAUCUUCAUCCAAGAUUGAAGCCAAACCCAAGAACAUGAAGCUCAAAUCAAAUAAAAGCGCAAAUUUAACAAGUGAACCUCCACCCAUACCUGUUCCUUCUCCACCUUUACCCUCUACUAUACCCGCAACAUCAUCCCAUGUUCCUGUUGUACCCACUAUUCCCACCUCUACUCGACCUUCAGUCCCAAAAUUACCUUCCCAUGCACCUAUGUCUGCUUCGAAAAACACUUCUAAGCCCACUAAGAUCAAGUCUACGUCAAUAAAAUGUGCUAAGAUUGACAAGGUGGUGAUUGAUGUUGCUUCUAAGGAGGACACAGUGGUUAAGGAAGCUAUGGCUCAGGGGGCAGUGUCAACUACUACAGAUCAUGUAAAAUUACCUCCAUCAAAAUUAGUUGUUCUGGUUUCUGCUAUUGAAGUUGCACCCUUAGAUAUUGUCCCACCCUUAAGUUACAAACCACAUAUGGAGGAACCUACUGCAGAAACAGACACUGCAACUUAG